CUCUGUCUGUGUGAGAGCCGGGGCUUGGGGCCUGAGGGUCGUGUUUGUCUUCCCUACACGGUCUUCUCGAGGGUAGCAGGCAGUGUCUGAGAACGGACUUGUGCUGUGGAGAUAAAAGCCUUGAACAGGGCUGUGGGGAGGGGUUGAGACUUCCUAGGGUAGUGGAGGAGGAUGCUGCCUCUGUCUGGGUCAGACUUUCUGUAACUCUUAGGACUCUAACAUCUCCUGUAAGAAGGAGGAUUUUUUUUUUCUUCUUCUCACUGUCUGGGAUGGAUGGUUGGUAGAUUGGCAUGCAUCCUUGCCCUGGGUACCCAGAGAAAGGUGUGCGCUGUGACUGAUAUGGAUGUCUGAGAGGGUCAUGGGGUCUUGAGCUUCUUGGCAUCAGGAGCUCAGCAUAGAAAACUGGGUGCCGACUUCAGCCACCUUUGGACACCAGAGGCCCCGUACCAGCCGUGGCCGUGACACAUCCUAGGAUCCAGGCCAUGAAGUAGCUUCAUCUUGUCUGCUGUCUCCCAUCCUCCCCACAGCAUCUCAGGUCUCAGCCUGAGGGUCAUCUUGGCCUCUGGGUUCCGCUGUUUCCUGUGUAUUUCCAGGACACAGGGGACCUUGCAGCCCUCAGAGCAGUGGGGCUCCCUGCAGCAUUCCGGCUGGCUGUGGACAGUAACGGAGGUGGCUCCAGGGCCCUGAUGAACCCCAUGAGUGGAGGGGGAGGCCCCUUCUUAUCAGCCAGAGGAACAGCUGACUUCAGAGCAGGUCACAGGCUUGAGCGAGAGCUUUUUCAUGGUGAAAGGAGCGGCCCUCUUCCUACAGCAGGGAAGCAGCCCUCAGGGCCAGCGGAGUCUUCAGCACCCUCACAAGCAUGCAGGUGACCUGCCUCAGCACCUUCAAGUGAUGAUCAACCUCCUACGCUGUGAAGACAGAAUUAAGCUGGCCGUGCGCCUGGAGAGCGUCUGGACUGACCGUGUCCGCUACAUGGUGGUGGUGUACACCAGCGGGCGCCAGGACACCGAGGAGAACAUUCUGCUGGGAGUUGACUUUUCCAGUAAGGAGAGCAAAAGCUGCACCAUCGGAAUGGUCCUUCGCCUGUGGAGCGACACCAAGAUCCACCUCGAUGGGGAUGGCGGCUUCAGCGUGAGCACGGCCGGCAGGAUGCACAUCUUCAAGCCCGUGUCUGUCCAGGCCAUGUGGUCCGCCCUGCAGGUGCUUCACAAGGCCUGCGAAGUGGCCCGAAGGCACAACUACUUCCCUGGGGGUGUGGCGCUCAUCUGGGCCACCUACUAUGAGAGCUGCAUCGGCUCCGAGCAGAGCUGCAUUAAUGAGUGGAACGCCAUGCAGGACCUGGAAUCCACGAGGCCAGACUCCCCAGCACUGUUUGUGGACAAGCCGACUGAGGGGGAACGAACUGAGCGUCUCAUUAAAGCCAAGCUCAGGAGCAUCAUGAUGAGCCAGGACCUUGAAAAUGUGACCUCUAAGGAAAUCCGCAAUGAGCUGGAGAAGCAAAUGAACUGUAACCUGAAGGAGUUCAAGGAGUUCAUCGAUAACGAGAUGUUGCUCAUCUUGGGCCAGAUGGACAAGCCCUCCCUUAUCUUCGACCAUCUUUAUCUUGGCUCCGAGUGGAAUGCAUCCAAUCUGGAAGAACUGCAGGGCUCAGGGGUUGACUACAUUCUUAAUGUCACUAGAGAAAUAGACAACUUUUUCCCUGGCUUGUUUGCGUAUCAUAACAUCCGAGUCUACGACGAGGAGACCACAGACCUUCUUGCCCACUGGAACGAAGCGUAUCAUUUUAUAAACAAAGCGAAAAGGAAUCAUUCCAAGUGCCUGGUCCAUUGCAAAAUGGGCGUCAGCCGAUCCGCAUCCACGGUCAUAGCCUAUGCGAUGAAGGAAUUUGGCUGGCCCCUGGAGAAAGCGUAUAACUAUGUCAAGCAGAAGCGUAGCAUCACACGGCCCAACGCAGGAUUUAUGAGACAGCUGUCUGAGUAUGAAGGCAUCCUGGAUGCAAGUAAGCAGCGGCACAACAAGCUGUGGCGCCAGCCGCCUGCCGAGGACACUGCAGCAGAGCCCAGCGUGUUCUUGCCAGAGACCCUGGACGACACCCUGGAUACCCGGCUGCCGUGCGUGGAGGAUACCACCCAACCGGGGCUCCCGGGAAGCCAGGCCCCGGGAGGACCCUCUCUCCCCUGUUGUUUCCGGAGACUCUCGGACCCCCCCCUCCUCCUCCCCCACCACGAUGACGCGGGCGGCCUGGUCCACUUAGAGGAUCUUGAGAGGGAUGCUCUGUUGGAGGAUACAGCUCCGCCCACAGAGGUGCACAAGCUGGUUCAGCAUCCUCAGGAAGGUGCCAGGCUCUGUGAAAAGGACGUAAAGAGGAAACUGGAGUUUGGGAGCCCCAAAGCCCGAGGUGGCCCUUUGCCACACGUGGAGGAGAUGGAGAAGGGGGCUGACCAGAGAACAGGGAGGUGGAGGCGGGCCUCCACCCAGCUCGAUAGAAGUUUGCUUGACCAGGAAAACCUAAACAACAACAACAGCAAGAGAAGCUGUCCCGAGGACUUUGAGCGCGAUGCCGUGUUUGGGAUCCUCAGUAAAGUGAAGCCUUCCUACACAUCCUGUGCUGACUGCAUGUACCCCGCGGCUGGCGGGGCUCCCGAGGCCUUUGCGGAACGGCAUGAAGACCCCGGUGCACCUGCCAUCUGCACCCAGCCAGCCUUCCUGCCCCAUGUCGCAUCCUCCCCGGUGGCCCACACGAGCAGCAGGUCCCAAGCUUCAGAGAGGCUGGCCUCUGGUCCGGCCAACACCCCCCCAUUCCUACUACCAGCAGGCUCGAGGAAGCCAGACGUUGCAGUCGGUGGAUCUGCAGCUGGGGCUUCCCCAGAACCACCACCGGCAAGCCUUCUAGAGCCUUCCAGAGAAACCUCCAAAGCCCUUCCAAAGUCCCUCCUGUUGAAGAACUCUUACUGUGAUAAGCAUGCCGCCGUCAGCGGCGUGGAAAUGGUGAAGGAAGAAUCGCCAGCUAAGAAAGACCCGAAGCCCGCAAAGGACCUGAGGCUUCUGUUCAGUAACGAGGCGGAGAAGCCGACCACCAAUAGCUACCUAAUGCAGCAUCAGGAGUCCAUCAUCCAGCUGCAGAAGGCGGGCCUGGUCCGAAAGCACACCAAAGAACUGGAGAGAUUGAAGAGCGUGCCUUCAGACCCACCAUCCACCAGCAGGCUGGAGGCUAGCAUCCCCGAGGAGGGCCAGGAGCCUUGUCACCCAGCCCUGUGCAGCCAAGCAGGGACUGAAGAGAAGCCUCCAGAAGGAACCUUGGUGAAGAGCCCUACGCCUACCCUCCUCCGCCUAGAUCACACCAGUAACUUCUCGAAAGACUUCCUGAAGACCGUGUGCUACACUCCCACCUCCUCCUCCAUGAGUUCCAACCUGACCCGGAGCUCCAGCAGCGACAGCAUCCACAGCAUCCGAGGGAAGCCCGGGCUGGUGAAGCAGCGGGCGCAGGAGAUCGAGACGCGACUCCGGCUGGCGGGUCUCACUGUGUCAUCCCCGCUGAAACGUUCCCACUCCCUGGCCAAGCUGGGAAGUCUCAACUUCUCCACGGAGGACCUGUCCAGCGAGGCGGACACCUCCACCAUCGCCGACUCGCAGGAUGCCAAGUGUGCACACUCUUCCUUCUCGCACGAACCCCGGGCUGCCCCGAAGGACCCCACUGCAGCCUGUAAACCAUCAGGGAAAUCUGUCCCAGAACACUUGAAAAGCCUGUCGAGGAUGAACAAAAGCUGACCCAGCAAGCAUUCUGCCGCGUGGGUUGAGGUUUCCGUGGUGUCCUGAUCCACCGCCACUCGCCACUCACGUCUUGAUUUGUGUUAACUUCAGUCAUCCAGGCUUUCCUCACUCUUGCCGAAAUGAAGGGGAGGAGAAACAGAAGUACCAUAGCGCACGUGAAGAUAGACCCAGUGUGGGGCCUGGGCGACCUGGAAACUCAGGAGCCGGACAGCUCCAAUCCCAAAGCCCUGUCUCUGGGAAGAGAAUGGACACACAGGCUGGGGCUGUGUCUGCGUUGUUCAAGUCUUGCCCACCACACGCCACGCCCUGGGUUUGAUUCCCCAGCACCCCAUAAAACCAGGCAUGGUAGUGCACCCCUAUCAUCCCGGCACUGGAGGUAAAGGCAGAAGGAUCAGAAAUUCAAAGUCAUUCUCAGCUAUAAUAGUGAGUUUUAGGCCAGCCUGGUGGAGAGAGGAGAAUGAGUCUGUACAUCCAAAAUAUUUAAUUUGCAACCUGUGAGAGAAGAACCGUGGUGAUGUCGACACUGUAGCCCACGUUCCCGGCUCGUUCCUGUCCUCGAGGGAGAAUUCUCAGACGACGACGACACACAAGUUCUACCUCUUGUUCUCACUGUGCAUUUUGUUUUUAAAAUAGUAACGACCAAGGCUCGUCCUGAGGAACAAUGCUGUGUCUGAAAGGGGUUUUUCCAAGAGAAUCGUGGGGGGGCUUGGGGGUUUUGUUUUUGAUGUUUUGGGGGAGGGUGGGGACCCCCAGAAGUUUCAAGGCUUUGAACCCUGACCAUCCCAAGUACAACCAGGCGAAAUCAACAGAGGAAGGCGUGGCGGUUGUCUGUGUCGCCCUCCAUCCUGGCACCUGCCAUGGGGUACGUGGGGUCCUCAGCUGCUAGCAUAUCACCCAGUCACGGGGAAGGACUCCGGGCAUCGCUGAGCCACAUCUGCUGCUAAUAGGCAUUGUUAUGUAUGGGAAUGGGACGAGCUCGUGUCCAUGAGGUUGUGGGGCUGGGAUGUGGAUUUUCCUAUUGAGACACUGUGACCCCCCUCCCCACCCCAACCCCCCGGCUCAUUAGGUGCCACCUCAUUUGGUGAGAGGAAGGACGUGUCAGCAAUGGGAUGCUUUCUCGUGGGUCCCUCUCCAGGAGCUACUGUUGGAGGAGUGAGUCUGUUGAAAAGGCCUCGCAGGUGUUUACAAGAUUCCCUUCCCACCGGAGAACACUCCCUCCUGUCAGCAGAAUACUGCUUCCUUUUCUCCAGCUCUCCCAUGCAGUAGUGAUGAGGCCAAGGAGGCGGGCCACAACACAGGUGUUAGCACAGCUUAGCUCAAUGCAUCAGGAGGCCUGGGCACGCUGGGUUUAGAUUAAGCACCUUGUCUGAUGUUUACCAAGAUGACAGUGCUUAAGUAUUUUGAAGAGAGAGCAGAAUGACCAGAGGAAGGGCCUGGUUUGGUGUUUGGCAGACUGUGAUUUAUUUCUUGGGGUUUUGUUUUGUUUUUUUGUUUCUCUCCUUUUUUUCUAUUUUUUUUUGUUUGUUUGUUUUUGUUUUGGUUGGUUGGGUUUUUUUUU